UAAAUCAUACAAUGUUUAGGUUGACAUAGCCGAUUUUAAUUUUGAUUCUUGACCCAAUUUCUCUUUGUUGUUUGUUGCAAAAAGAUAAAGUUAUUUCUCUGUCAACAACAAUUUUGAUAACUAAUGAAAUGAUUGUGUUCCAUUUAUUUGACUAAUGAUCAAUUGAAAACUCUUUUUUUUAUUCUAUUUUGGCAUUUAGACAAUUAAUGAAAAUUCAAUAUAAUUGAAAAAUCAUGCAAAAUCCUUCAGGUUUGCCGCCACAUAUGCGUAAAUUACUUCCACCAUUAUCCGGUCCGGCACGACCAUCACCUUCGGGACGAUUAUUAGCCUCGAAACAUUUUGCAUUACGACGAAAAUCAGAACGUGAUUUUACUCCUUCCCAUUGGUCAGAGUAUUUUACUGCUCAACAAGAUAUCACGAUCAAUGAUGGCAAUGUUUUUCGUGUCUAUUUACACGAACAAUCUGAAUUGAUUGAUAAUAUGCCUGUAUUGAUUCUGUUACAUGGUGGAGGUUUCUCUGCACUUACAUGGUCAUUAUUCGUUAAAUCAUUGGUUGAAUUGUGUAAUGUUCGCGUAAUGGCCAUCGAUAUUCGUGGUCAUGGUUCAUCACAUACUUCAAAUGAUGAAGAUUUAAGCGUUGCCACAAUGGUUAAUGACAUCACUCAGGUAUUGCUUAAAAUGUUCAAUCAAUCAAUGCCAGAACUUAUUCUAAUGGGUCACAGUAUGGGUGGUGCAUUGGCAGCUCAUUUUGUUGAUAAAUGUUCGGAACCAUCAAUUGAUUCACGAAUACUCGGAUUGAUUGUGAUUGAUGUAGUUGAAGGAACUGCUAAACAGGCGUUAUCUCAGAUGCAACAAGUGCUUCAAUCACGACCUUCGGGUUUCAGAUCCAUCGAAAAUGCAAUUGAAUGGUGUGUUCGAAGUAAUCAAACAAGGAAUAUAGAAGCAGCUAAAAUUUCGAUGCCUGGACAAAUUAAACAAAGUCAAACUGGAAUUUGUGCUGCCGAUUUGGUAUUAGAUACCAGAUCUGAAACACACGAUGAAUCCCAUCAUACUGAUAUGCCCAUAAAUUCAUUCGGUCUAUCAACACUGAGUGAAGAUUCACCUAUAUCAGAAAAUAAGCCGGUUGUCGCUACUUCAGAUGAUUUAAAAUCAUCAGAUAAACAAUUUAUUUGGCGAAUUAAUCUGGCACAUACAGAACCAUUCUGGAUGGAAUGGUUUGAUAAUCUCUCUCAAAUAUUUUUAAAUUCAAAAGGUGGCGCCAAACUUUUAUUAUUGGCUGGUGUAGAUCGUUUGGAUGGUCCGAUGACCGUUGGUCAAAUGCAAGGCAAAUUUCAAAUGCAAAUUCUUCCACGUGUUGGCCACGUUAUACAGGAAGAUGAUCCUGAUUCAGUCGCACAAGUGGUCGCUACUUAUUUAUGUCGAAAUCGUUUCUCAACAUCUAGGAUAGAUUUCGAACGUCCAUUUCCUUCUUGUUAAUAAUUAACAAAUUGAUUGAUUAAAAAUUUGUAUUUACAUGA